AUGAAGGUCGGGCUUGUUCUUAUCGCCGCCGUGACCUCGGUCACCGCACAUGCUACAUGGCAACAGCUGUGGGUUGGGACCGAGGACAAAGUCUCGACUUGCGUGCGGACCGUCAAGGACAACUCGCCCAUCGCCAGCGUCACUGAUGCCGCGAUGUUCUGUGGUCGAAGCCCCGCGGCCUCUUCCGGAAUCUGCGAGGUCAAGGCUGGUUCACCCCUGACCGUCGAGAUGCACCAGCAGCCUGGCGAUAGGUCCUGCAGCCAGCCAGCCAUCGGAGGAAACCACUACGGCCCAGUAAUGGUCUACAUGGCGAAGGUUAACGACGCGAAGACGGCUGACACCUCGUCGGCAAGCUUCUUCAAGGUUGCUGAAGACGGCUACACUGGCACGACUGCUUCGUGGGGAACCGAGAUUCUCAAUGCAAACUGCGGCAAGAGGGCUUUCACUGUCCCUGCCAACAUUGCACCUGGAAACUACCUAGUCCGAGCCGAAGCGAUUGCCCUUCAUGCUGGAGCAGGACAGCCACAGCCCUACGUAUCGUGCUUCCAAAUAAACGUCACAGGAGGUGGUUCUGCGAACCCAGCGGGCGUGAAAUUCCCCGGGGCAUAUAAGACCAGCGACGCGUUGUUCUCCAAGGCUAUAUAUGAUUCCAGCUUCAAGUAUACCAGCGUAGGGCCCGCCGUCUAUAGCGGCUGA